GAGCGUAGAGGUGGUGAGGGAGGGAAGGAGACGGGUGCAGGAGUUGUGGGCAAGGCGAAGGCAGCAGGGCCUGCUCCUGCGCGGCCGCCUCCCAAAGCUGCUGCAGCACAACCUGCUGACUCCGCUAAGCCUGCAGCACCAACAGCAGCGCCUGCAGGAGCAGGUGCAGCAGCAGGUGCAGCAGCAAGUGCAAAAUCAAAUACAGUUGGCGCGGAGGUUGUGCGUAGAGUUUUGUCUAAGCGGGUGGCUGAUGAUGUUGAAAGUGCAGUUUGGAAUGGAGGCGAAGUAAGGUUUGCAAAGCGUGUGGCGAUUACUGAAGAUGGUCGUCGAGGGAAUGUGUCUAGGGGUGUCAGCUCUAGGGAUAUCGUCUACCCGGGAAAGCGUGCAUCGCGAGUCCAACACAGUGAAGCCCAGUAUCUUGAUUUUCAGGAUGAAGGACCCAAUAUGCAGCAAACGGUGGAAUCAUCCAAGCAGAGAGCAGAGACCCUCAGGAGGCUCCCCACCCACACUGCAGGCGGCAAGACACUCAUGCUCAAGGCAAUCCCCAAGCGAAGCCCCUCCUCGCAAAAUUUUGUCCAGCGCGUAGGCACACCAGGUGUUUCUUGCUCUAUUGGGGAAGAGGCUCGGGACAGAAAAGUUCUGCAGCAUGCUGUAGAGCUGGGCAAGCAACACCGACAACCAAAACUUGGGUAUCCGCUUUUUCAUUCUGAGCCACCCAAACUGCUCUCCGGUGAAGCGCCCACAACGCCCCAGUCGCAAGGAGAAGUAUCGAGGCCUCCUGACUACCUGCCUGGUACAACAAGCCUUGGGUCUGGGGGUUUCGAAUCUGGAAGGGCGCAACCUAGAAGCGACUCUAGCGUCGCAGUUCAGAAGACAGCCCCGCGCGUUGGAGAAACUACUCUCCCAAGCACCUAUUUUUCUACCAUGCAAAUACCGUCACGCACUUCAUCAGUCCUAGGAUCUAAUCGUGAAGGCGUGCCAAAGCAGCCCUUAUCAAGGAAAUUAUCCUAUGUUUCUACAUUACAAACUCCGGUUAAAGCAAGAACACAGCGUCAAGCUCCAAUGCAUAGCCCGCCAAUGCCUACGGCGAAGGAUAUCAAGGAAGCAAUUCGGCUUCAAGCCGUGUGGCGGGGCCACGAAGUGAGGACGUGGGUUCAGGCGGCGUCUGUUGUGCGCUCUAUGAAGUGGGAUUUCACUUCUGGAACUACCAAAAGUACUGUCACGACCCACGUAAAGGCUGCUGUCCCAGGUCGCCUCAAUGCCAAAAAGGCUGGACCACCAACCAACUCUCUAGCAGCAGCUCAAGUACCCACAAAAGCUUUUCGUUGCCAUAUACGAACGCCUGCAGGUGCCGCAGAGGCCUAUUUAUUAGGGAAGUCGGAAAGUGAACCAAUCGGCGUUCAUGAUACCAAAACUUCCACUGAAGAACCAGCGCCCACUUUGCCAUCGGUGAACAGCGGGCGCAUCAAGGAGCAACCAUCAGCGCAGGGGCAGCCAAGUGACACGUGUGCUUCCAAUGAAAGCCAUCAAAGAGCUGUUGCCGGGAGUAAGCAGUCCGUCCCCGUUGCUCUGCCUCAUGAAGGAUUCGGGAGAAAGCAGUUUAGUGGGCAGGAGAUAACUGAAUCUCCGCAGUGUGGCUUACCACCAUCUACAACAAGCAACGCGUGUGGCGCUUCCAUCGGUCCACAUACAGCUGACGUGGGUGAGAGCCCCUUUUCUGUGAAGACAUUUCCGUCCAUCGCACGAGGUGCAGAUUUAGUAGAUGCGAGGCCGCAAAGUCCAAUUAUCCAGAGAUCUCAGGGAGCUCCUGAGGCUGAGCAACAUGCGUUGCCCCGUGGUACGCGAGAGCUGGAUUUAUCUUCGCCUGCUCGCCAAAGUGAUCAUGUACAAGGCGCAGGCAACGAGAAUAGCAAACUUUGUUCAACCGCAAUAGCCCAAGCUGAAAACAAGGAAGUACUUGAACAUAGAGGCCCAAUGUCUGUUCCAGAGCGAACUGGCCUGGUCGGAAAGCCUUCCAAACUCAAGGACAAUCUCGAGGGAAAAAGCAACGAGGGCGACUCACGACGGACUCCAAAGUGUUCACAAGGUGCAACAGGAGAGAAACCACUCAAUAUGGAAGAUACUCUAACAUAUAAUGCCUUGCAUGAACUAGCAACUGCUGAUGGUGUAAAGCCUUCACAUGCACUAACCAAGAAAACCCCAGAGAUGGAGAAAGGUAGCCCAGCUGACUCUUGCGUUCAUCAGUCUCAAGAGUUGGAAGGAUCUUCAUAUAGGAGAACCCAAAGGCAUAUUACUUACUCUGUAGCUCCCUUUGUACCCCUCGUAGGGCGACCGACGAAGGCAGCUCAACACGGCCCGAUUCGAGAUUCCGUCCAUGCGGAGCCGGCGGUAGAAAGUAAUGAGCAGAACACCAGUUUGGAUUCUGAAGGGGCCGUCUCCAAUUUGGGUAGGCGCGUCUCCUUGGCGUUGCGCAACGCUUAUUCCAUUUUUGGCAAGGUGGCGCCAAGGGGGAGACAGCAGCCUGUUCAAGGGCAAGGGGAAAACGGGGUGUCACAUGCUGCUGUGGGAUGGUUGAGGGGGCGCAGCUCUGAUGAGGCAGCAGAAUUACAAGCCGAAACCCCAGUGGAAAAGGAAAAGGUCAUCAUAAAGAGCAUACAUGGUCUGUCUGUGGAUGAAAGCGGCAGUCCAAGCAUAUCUUGGCCACAACUUAGUCUAUCAUCCACCCCACCAGUGGUUCAGAGAACCCCUCCGGUGUGUCCAGUUGAAGACAUUGAGUCAGAUCGCCAGAUCUUGGAAGCUGAGACGAAGCGUUGGGGGAGGCGUUUGACAGCUGUAAAUAAUCAUGAACCGCGCGCACUUGGUACAGGGCCAACGCUUAAUCCCUUUCGUCAGAUGCACCGAACGGAAGAAUUCGUGGAAACACAACUGCAGCCGAUGCCGAGGAAGAAGUAA